CCCCGCCCCUCGCCGCCACUCGAGUGAAGAUUUGCGUCAAAUCGCGACACUUUUUGAUUUUAAAAAAUUGUUUUUUUUUUACGAUUAAAGAUAAAACCCCCAAACUAACAACACAACUCGCGACCACCCCGUUAAUAAGACAGGUGACGCCAUGGGGCUGACGAUCUCCUCGCUCUUCACGAGGCUGCUCGGCAAGAAGCAGAUGCGGAUCCUGAUGGUUGGCCUUGACGCUGCCGGAAAGACGACGAUCCUGUACAAGCUGAAGCUGGGAGAGAUCGUGACCACCAUCCCCACCAUCGGCUUCAACGUGGAGACGGUGGAGUACAAGAACAUCUGCUUCACUGUGUGGGACGUCGGAGGGCAGGACAAGAUCCGGCCCCUGUGGAGGCACUACUUCCAGAACACGCAGGGCCUGAUAUUCGUUGUUGACAGCAAUGAUCGCGAGAGGACGCAGGAGGCCGCCGAGGAGCUGCAGAAAAUGCUGCAAGAGGAUGAGCUGAGGAGCGCGGUGCUGCUGGUGUUUGCGAACAAGCAGGAUCUCCCCAAUGCCAUGACCAUCAGCGACCUCACCGAGAAGCUGGGCCUGCAGGGACUGCGCAACCGCACUUGGUACGUGCAGGCGACGUGCGCCACGCAGGGCAGCGGCCUCUACGAAGGACUCGACUGGCUCUCCAACGAGCUCUCCAAGCAUUAGCACCGCCACACAGCACCACAAGCCAGCACGUCUCACGGCGCAUCCCCUCGACUUGCUUGCUCUCUCUCUCUCUUUCUCUCAUCUUAAUUUAAGAGGCAAAUAAAUGUACGUACCCCCCCCCCCCCCCGAGACCGCCCCGCAAUCGGGACGCGGUCACCGUCGGAUUUAGUUGCGCGAGAUUUUUCCUGUCGUGGUCGUUGGGCGGGCAGGCGUGUUGGUGGGAGCAGGGGUGGGGGGGCGGCCCGGUGAGCGAUGGGUGGCGCUUGCGUUGGCGUCGAGUGCGAGCGCAGGGCGUGUGCUCUCUGCGCUAUUGCACUGGACGUAAGUACAGGCGGCGAUGGACAUUUUCCUUUCGUAACUAACUAUAUAUAUCGUUCUUUACUUCCCCUAUUGUGCUAUCGGUGGGUGUAACGUGCUCACAGAAUCUAAGAGCAGCGCAACCCCCCCCCCCCCCCCGUGUUAAGAGAACGAAGCGGAUACCCUCGAGCUCCAGCAGGAGAGAUGUCUUCAGGUCCGACCUCUGGUCCACUGUAGAGGGCAGCAACGUGAGCACGUGCGCUGCGCGUGCGCUAUAACCAACACGUGCAGUCAUCCAACGUUCACGACGGAAUCUACGCACAGGGUGGGCGCAUUCGAGGCUCUGCCAAAUGAACGGACUGCGAUGGAAAACUCCCGGUCGCGGCUCGAAGGGGGGCGGGGGGGGGGAACGUGUGACGCCACUCCUCGAGCGCUGCUCCCUCGGAAGUUUCUCGAGCCCCGACUUGGCGGGGCGGACGACGAACCGUCGCACGAUCCUCGGAGGUGCCACUUCGCCAUUCUCAGAAAAGACAGGAAAACUACGAAAACCUUGCCUUUCGCCCGGAGAGGACCGUUACCGUAUUUAUACAAUGUGUCCCGCCCACCAGUCCACCAGCCCGCCCUUUGCGGCAAGUUCUAAACAUCGUCGGGGGGAAGGCGAUGCCGAAUUUGUGGUCUAUAAACCGCUGCCUUCAGAUCGGUAGCGACCAAUGUUUGGCGCCGUCGCUGUGCCCGCCGUGGGUGGCAUAUCGCAGCCGGAGGUGAACGUGGUGGGGUCUGCUCGUUCCAUUGUCUGUGAAUUACGGCAUUCUCUGGAUUAUGAGGGCACGCUCGUUUUCGCUGUUUUAAGGCAAGAGCUGGGGUGGUGGUGCUGCGUUGUAUUAUCUGGUGGCAGCGCGAGUGUUGCCGGGUCUGUGUGUUACUUCCCAGAGCGUCUUGUAAUACAGAGAAUACGGUAGCGUUGCCACCACCCCCCACCCCCGCUUCCCACAUGCAGAAUAGAUAGCUCGUUGCCCUGGAGGAAGCGACGUACCCACACGGACCGCCGACCUCCCCCCCCCCCCACCCCCGCUGCUGGGUGACGAGGGCCUCUUCCACGGGGGUCGUUUGACCAAUCUUCACCGCGCUGGUCGGUGUGAGUUGGUGUCGAGGCACCGAUAUUGGUUACCCCCCCCCCCCCCUUUACAAGCAUUUGUAUUCUUCCUCCCCGCCCCCCCCCCCUUCUCAACGUCCUUUUCGGUUCUUUGUGAUGAAGUAAUCUCUCUUUGCAUGUAAGUUUAACCUCCAUGCAGUUUCAAAUAAAACAUUAAUUUCAAGACGA